AGUCCCAAGGGGGCAGGGCCGCGCGAUCCAGCCCGGGAACCAUAGGCAGCGCAAAGGCCUCUGGGAAACCACCCUUCCUCCUCCUCCAAUUUCGAACAUUUUCCGGCCUUUUCUGCCUAGCCAGCUAAGCAUCCUCCUGUGCACUUCUCUUAAAGAAUGGAGGCGGUAACAUUCAAGGAUGUGGCUGUGGACUUCACCAGGGAGGAGUGGCGCCUCUUGGCCCCUCCCCAGAAGGAGCUGUACAAGGAGGUGGUGCUGGAGAAUAUCCGGAACCUGCUCUCUGUGGGGCUUCUAGCACCCCCAGAAGAUGUGAUCUCUUAUUUGGAGCAGAGGGAAGCACCAUGGAUGCUGGAGCAGGAAGGCCUGAGGAGCUGCUGUCCAGGUGAGAUCAUACCUGAAAUGAAAGUGACUACAACAGAAGUGAGAUUUUCUGUGGAAGAACCUGAGAAACAAAAAUUCAUGAGUGAUGAUCUGGAUAAUUUAGCUUGGAGAGAAUCCUGUGUUGAAUUACAAAAUUCAUCCCUCCCUGAACAUCAAAGAAUGAACUCAGUGGAAAUGUCCCAUGAAUAUAAUCAGUGUGGAAAGACUUUUAUGUACAGUGUCAGUCUUGUUGGACAUCAGAGAAUCCACAGUGGAGCAAAACCUUAUGAAUGCAAGCAAUGUGGAAAGACAUUCAGUUGGAGCUCCCGACUUGUUUUACAUCAGAGAAUCCACACAGGUGAGAAACCUUAUGAAUGCAAGCAAUGUGGAAAGACAUUCAGUCAGAACUCUAAACUUGCUGUACAUCAGAGAAUUCACACUGGGGAAAAACCUUAUGAAUGCAAGCAAUGUGGAAAGGCUUUUAGUCGGAGCUCCAAUUUUAUUGUACAUGAGAGAGUCCACACCGGAAAGAAACCGUAUGAAUGCAAGCAAUGUGGGAAGACAUUCAAUCGGAGCUCUGGUCUUACUUCACAUCUGAGAACUCACAGUAAGGAAAAACCUUAUGAAUGCAAGCAAUGUGGAAGGAAAUUCACUUCUAGCUCCACUCUUGCUCACCAUCGGAGAAUCCACACUGGAGUGAAACCUUAUGAAUGCAAGCAAUGUGGAAAGACUUUCAGUUGGAGCUCCCGACUUGCUUUACAUCAGAGAAUCCACACUGGUUUGAAACCUUAUAAAUGCAAGCAAUGUGGAAAGACAUUCAGUUGGAGUUCUAAACUUGCUGUACAUCAGAGAAUCCACACUGGUGAGAACCCUUAUGUUUGCAAGCAGUGUGGAAAGACAUUUAGUCAGAGCUCCAAUCUUGUUGUGCAUCAGAGAAUUCACACGGGGAAGAAACCUUAUGAAUGCAAGCAGUGUGGAAAGACAUUCAGUCAGAGCUCCCAUCUUGCAGUACAUCAGAGAAUCCACACUGGGGAGAAACCUUAUGAAUGUAAGCAGUGUGGAAAAACAUUCAGUCAGAGCUCCAAUCUUGCUGUACAUCAGAGAAUCCACACAUGAAUAACAUAUGAAAUUAAUGUAAGAUGAUAUUCAAAAAACUCUAAUGUAUAUCUCAACAUCAGAAAAUUUGAACUGGGACGAAACCUUAUGAAUGCAAGCAAUGCGGUAAGGCAUUCAUAGGGAGCUCCACUUUUGCUCUACAGAAGAGAAAUUGUGGAUUUUCGCAUAGAACUCUGAACUUGCUUUAAGAUUAGGUGCAAAUGGGCAUAUGAUUUAUAUUCAAAGUGCAAUACCCUAAAUAAAGGUAGCAAUGAUAGUUUACGUUUUUGAUCAAUUUAUUGACAAGGGGGAAAUUUGUGACCAAAAUAGAAAUAGAUAACAAUAGAUGUAACAUAGUUCAUAUUUAGUAUGUUAAAUUCAAAAUUUUUUUCUCAAAACAAAGCUAAUACAACCAAAGUUAAAAGUUAGAAACAAUUAUCGUUUGCUUUAAAACAAUGUCCAACUAAACACCUAAUAUUCUAAUGAUUCUAAUAACAGUAUCAAAUGCUUAAAUCAUAUAAUGCCAUCUAAAUCUAAUGAGGAGCUAAUUCAGUAAGGUAAUAAUGUCUUAACUCUAUAGAAAUUAUUUAAAAAGUAAAGUUGUUUUGUCCAAAUCUAUGAAGAAAAAUUAAAUGAUAACAAAUGAUGUUGUGAAUUUGAA